AUGUUCGAAGUAAGUAGGGAGCGUCCAAAGCCCUGUAACAACAGCGGGAGCAGCAGUGACGAAUGCAAAGGAGGCGACGACGAGGUUGCCAACUUCUUGCAACUGGAUCUAUCUCAGAGCCAGCUGCUGAGCAUCAGUGAGCAAUCCCCAGGAGAAGCAAGCUUUGUGCUGUGUCAUCUGAUCAAUACAGCACUGAGGGAGGAGAUCCCAGUAUGUGUCUUCGCACUGGACAAGCCUCCCUCCCAUUAUCGCCACAUGUGCGGCAAGUGCGGCGGUAGCGUGCGCCAAGCGGAGAGCACUGGCAGUCUAACGUUUGUCGACGGCGCCGAGAUGGCGCUGCAGGUGCUGCGUUCCGAGUGUGGUCCGCCCGCCGAGCGAGAGCGCACGCUGCGGCUGAAGGCGCUGUUCGAGCAGCUGGUGGAGGUGGCGGGCGUGCGGCCCGGCCGCGGCCUGCUGCUGCUGGACGGCCUGUCGCCGCUGCUUGGGCUGGGCGCCUCCGUGUCGGAGGUGCUGCUGCUGGUGCACCACCUGCUGGCCUGGAGCCGACGACGCGGCGGCCCGAUGGUCACGCUUGCACUGGUCCUGCUCGCCUGGUAA